UCGGAAAGUCCAAUAAAAUGAGACUUUUAUUCGUCUGUCUCAUUUUUACGGCUUUUGUGGCUGUUGGAGGUUUUCCGGCAUUACCAAGAAAAUCAUCCACUCAAACAGUCCACAAGUCAUCCAGUUCCAGCUCAUUCAAAUCCAGUUCUACAAAGACACAGAUUAGUAAGACAAACUCAGAUGGAAUAGUUACUACUCAAACAAAAGGCCAGAGUACCAGCUUAGGGUCCAAUGAGAGCCAAACUUCAUUGAAAUCUGAAAUAACAAAUGGAUCUGACAAGAUUGUCAAAGAAGAGUCUACUGGAAGUGCUAGUGUACAAGGCGCCAGCACUGCUUACAAGACACAAACAAAACGUAAAAUCGAUGGAAUAGAUAAUGAUCAUGAGAAUGAUAGUGAUAAUACCAAUGGAAAUCAUGAUAAUGACGCUAGACCUGUCGGAGAACCAUCUAACACAGAUAACAAUGCACAUAAAGAUAAAAAAGUUGACACAAAUCCUGAUGAUGUAAACGAAUUUACAUCGCAAACAUUCCAAUCAUCGACUUACGGUACUUAUUCGAGCAGAAUGAAAGAAAAUGACAAAGGUAAGAGUAACAGCGUAAAAGCUACAAGUUUAAGUAACGUAGCUGCUACUAAUACCAACGUCAACGGUACAGGGUCAUAUGCUAACGCGAAUCAGUCAUCUGAUAGCAAAGUUUUGACUAGCAAAACUAAAACAAGGGGAGAUAAAACUACUGUUAAUUUCCAAAACUCAACUCUAACCAGCGAUUCUGCGGCUAGCAGUCAAACUACUGACAAAGGCACAGCUACGAGUGUGCGACAGCAAUCCUUAUCUGAAGCUACAAAUAUUAACCAAGAAACGGUUAAUGGUAACACUACGGGUUCCGUGCAACAAGGCAGAAGUUAUCAAGGCAUAGCUUACGCUCAGCAUAGUGACAGUGACCAGGGAAAUGCUGGCACUAAUCAGCUCAGCGAUAACAGUCAAGAAGCUUCGAAUGGCCUCCGAUCUUUAUCUACUAAUCGUAAGAACCAAGCUAUAACAACUGUACAUACAGAUCGAAACGGUGCUUCCGCUGGAGUCAUACAGACUGGUGACCUUGGACUUGGUUCCAACGGUAGAAGACACUCUUCAAAUCUAUCUGUCUCUAGCAACCAAUCAACUGGUAGUCAGGCAACUAAAACUGGCACGUCCACAUCUAAUAACUCGAGUAACAAAAACGAAAAGAAAAGAACUCGUAGAACGGGCACUAAUUAUGAUGAAAGCAAGACAUCUGAUCUUUCUAGCAGACAAACAAAUAAAGAUAACCAAACAAGUAAUAACGGAUCUAACAUUGCAAGUCAAAACAGCGAGAGUGAUCAAAGAAGCUUGGCAGAGAAAGGAGCAACCACCAAACAGGUUUACGAUAAUAACCAAAAUAUUGCAGUAGUUUCCAGGUCCAUAGAACCUCCACCAAGUAAUAACCAGGACAAUGAUGUCCAAGACGCCCAUGCAACAGAGACUCAUCCGUUAAGCGAUCAGCCAAGUAUAGUCAAAAUAGGUCAGACAUUGACGAAUGAACCAGCUAAUAAACAGGAUAAUAACAUUCAAAAUAUGCAUGCAACAGAGACUGACUCGACAAACAAUCCGUCUAAUGAAACUGUCGAAAGAAGCGUAGAUGAACCAUCUGGUAAACAAAUUGACAGCAAUGAACGCACGCAUACUGGUCCGACAGACGAUAAAGGCAACGAAUGUGUUGUUGAAAAUGAUUCAACUGGUGACCACGAUAAUAACAAUGAUCACACUGCAGUGACAGAUAAUUGUGGUAGCGACGUUCCACAUCCAGAUUAAAAGUACAAGCUACGAGAUUAAUUGAUUAAAUUAGGUUUGAGGUUUGUUUAAAAAUGUAAGAAAGAAAGAAAGAAACAUUUAUUAUUUAGGACACCACAGACACGGAUAACAUAAUAUAUAUACGUACAUUAUAAUGACAUCACAUCAAAAGUCAACGCACACACGGAAUAUUUUCUAUAUAGAAACAUGGAAAACGAACACAGAAACUUAUACCUAAAUUAAAUGUGACGUCAUGUCGGCUUACCUAUGUGUAGUGGAUGGUGUCCCGUGUAAAAGGUCCUCACUGGAUAGGUUUAAAAUAAAGUAUAUUUGAUUACCCAUUUGAA